GAUCUACAAAGAAGAGAUAAUCAUCAAAGAUUAAGAGAUGAUCCAAGAACUGUUCGGUGGCGCAGGGUUUAAUAUAGGAGGAGUAGCAGGAGGAGGAGGAGGAGGAGGAGCAGAGAGGAAAAUCUCCAUUUCUUCUUCUUCUACUUCUCUUUCGGCUUCGCCAUCGCCGUCUCCAUCUUCUUCCGCUACUACAACUACCACCGCUGCUGCCGCGGCCGGUGCAACAGCGAAUUCAGAGAACUUGAGAUGCCCGAGAUGCGAUUCUGCCAACACCAAGUUCUGUUACUACAACAACUACAACCUCACGCAGCCCCGCCACUUCUGCAAGACUUGCCGCCGCUACUGGACCAAGGGAGGAGCUCUAAGGAAUGUUCCGAUUGGGGGCGGAUGCCGGAAAAACAAGAGUGGUACCAUCUCAACAUCAAUAAGCAAGACAGCUGUGGCCGGGAAGAUGAAAUCAAUGGCGUCGGAGAUCGGGAGGUCCGGAUUCGGACUUGGGUUUGAUCACGAGGUGCAAGCAAGUCCUAUACUGUGGGGUUCACCUCAGAAUUCCCAUAUCCUAGCUCUUCUAAGAUCCAGCACUCCAAACCCUAACCCUAACCCUAAUGUUCAACUGUGUACUAAUUCUGUGAAGGAAGAGGGGGGCAUGAGUAUGAUUGGUUCCCACAUGAUGAGUGAGUCUUCUGGAGCUGGAAAUGAUGCAAUGACAGCUCGGUCGACCUUGGGUUUGGAUCCGCUGAGUUCUUUCUGGAGAAACAAUCAGAACGUUCAACCUCCGCACCAGCAACAGAAUGGUAAUUUCAUACUUGGGCAUGAGGUUCAUAGCAACCAGGGAAUUCAGGAACUCUUUCAGAGGCUUAGAUCAUCUUCAUCAGCUAGUUAUUAUUCACAUGAUCUUAACAAUGGAGUUUCUUCAUCAUCUACUUCAUCGAUUUUGGAGGCGGCUCCGGCUGUUGGUGGUGAAUUGGGUUAUAACUGGAACCCGGCGUUUACUUGGUCCGAUCAGCUCCCUACAACAAACGGUGCAUACCCUUAAGUUAAGAACUUCAUAAUUUCUUCUUUGUCUACUUUAGCUAGUUAGCUAGGUUCUCAAUCUUUAUUGAUUGUUUUUUUUUUUUUGGUAUUGUUUCAUUUCUGUUUGUGUGUGGGUUGUGAUAUUGCAUUAGUCAGGUAUCAUUCUCUUAUUUUCUUCUUUUUAUGUAUGUGUGUUUGAAGGUGUAAAGGGAUAUGGGGGUGUACCAAUUAAGGACCAGAAUUAUAUUAAGUUAAACGUUUGUUAUUUGUUAA